GCGGCGGCGCCCAUGGAGCCGCGGCUGGUGGGGCCCGGGCCGUACCGCGCCACCCGCCUGUGGAACGAGAUAAUCGAGCUCUUCCGUGCUGGGAUGCCCGUGCGGAAGCAUCGCUGUCGUUUCAAGAGCUACGAGCGAUGCUUCAAAGCCUCGGAGGCAGUGGAAUGUUUGCAUGAGCUACUUGGCUCUAACCAAAACUUCGGCCCAGAAGUGACACGCGAUCAAACGGUUAAGCUGCUCAAAAAAUUCCUUAAAAAUCAUGUAAUCGAAGAUAUUAAAGGAAGGUGGGGCAAAGAGGACUUUGAAGACGAUGGCCAUUUAUAUCGAUUUCCUCCUUCCUCACCACUGAAGUCAUAUCCAAAGAAACCUUCAUGUGGAAAGGAAGUAAUUAAAUUUCCAGACUGGAGUGAACCAAGGGCUGGCCCUUCUCAAGAACACAUCCCAGUGAAAUCUGUCGCAAUGAACUCGGAGAUGUGGUACAAACGACACAGCAUAGCUAUCGGGGAAGUACCAGCAUGCAAACUUGUGUUCCGCAGAGAGCUAACACAAACAAAUAUAGAAGAGAUAUGGAAAUCCAUGACUUUAUCACGAUUACAAAAGGUGUUGGGUUUGGAUUCUCUGGAUGAAGUAUUAGACACAAAACUUGUGAAUUCAAAACAUAUAGUUCAAAACGUAUAUAAUGUCAAUAAGCAAGGCAUUGUCACUUUAGAGGACAAAUCAAAGGAACUACCUCAUUGGAUAUUAUCUGCAAUGAAAUGUCUAGUAAAUUGGCCCAGCUGUUCAGAUCUGAAGCAGCCUACAUACUCAGGCUUUGAAAGAGAUGUCUUCAAAACUAUAGUGGACUACUUUGGCCAGAUGAAGGAACCUCUUCUCACAUUUAAUUUUUUUGAUAUUUUUGUUAGUGUGUUAGGACUGCUGCAAAAACCCAGCAAGGCUGUAGAAGCUCUUCAGAUAUCUUGUCUCCUGCUGCCACCAGAAAAUAGGAAAAGGCUACAGCUGUUGGUGAGAAUGAUGGCAAGAAUUAGUCUAAACCAGGAUUUGCCACGUCUUUCUGAAUCAGUGAGGACCAGAACUUUGAUGGUUCAGGCGUUUUCCCGUUGUAUUCUCUGCUCAAAGGAUGAAAUAGACUUGGAUGAACUUCUUGCUGCUAAACUAGUAUCUUUUCUCAUGGAUAAUUAUCAAGAGAUCUUAAGUGUUCCUUCUGCUUUAAAAUCUUCCAUUGAGGAUCAUGUUGCACAUCUCCAGAGAGUCCAAAUAAAAUAUGCUGGGGCUGAUAGUGAUGCAACACUUCCUCCUCCAUCAUUUUGUCACCAAAUCACUACAGGUGAAUUUGAAUACCAAAGGGCAACUGGCUCUCAAGAACCACUGGCAGCUUUGUUGGAAGAAAUUGUAAUGAAUAAAGAAAUAUCUGUGAAAGAUAAAAAGAAGAAGCUCAAGCAAUUUCAGAAAUCUUACCCUGAAGUGUACAGAGUACGAUUUCCUAGUCCUGAAACCGAAGCGAUGCUAUUUCCUGAAAAAACUAAACAGAAACCACCAAUACUGAUGUGGGCCUUAAAAAAGCCUUUUCAACCAUUUCACAGAACCAGAAGCUUUCGGAUGUAAAUGGUUUGAAAUAUAUCGGCAAACAAACAGAGACACAGUGUAUUGUCAAUGGAUCUCAUGCAAAAGGAGCCUGAGCACCACGUGGUUACUCAAAAAAGCUACUGGGGAUACUGCUAAGAUCAUAGAAAAUGUUUAAAGAAGAGGAGAGUAUUGAGGUUGUAGUAAUGUGAACCAUUAUCAGUAUUUUUGUAAAGCAUUAUUUUUUUAAAUGUCUGUUACUUUAAAACAAGCAACAAAAAACUAACAAAAAAGCCUAAACAAACCCACCACACGCUCAAGGGGAUUGUUCUAUAUAUGGGUGAUAAUGUACACCUGCUGUGGUUUGGUUUGACUAUCAUUUUAAGGCCUAAAUGUAAUUGUAUGUAAUGUAUUCUUUGUAACUAGUCAACAGCUUUUUUUCCUCCCUGAAAAUGAGUGUCUUGCAUAAACUAGGCUGUGUUUGUGCACAUAUACUGUGAGGAAAUAACUUACUGUACAUGCUUGAGUAAGUAUGAAACACUGGAUUUUGCUUUACUUUUGGUGAGAGAAUAAUAUUAAAACUUAAUGAUGCAACCAAGCA